UAUAGCUGCUCUACAUGUGUAGGUUUAGUAAGAGUGUAUGUCUGUAAUUUCUUAUGCGCCGUUUUGUGCUACAUUUUUAAAAUAUCAGUGAAUAAUGUCAGACGACUUGCCAUAUAUAGCAGAAUACGCCAAAAGCGGCCGUGCAACAUGUAAAGGAUGCAAAUCUUCUAUUGAAAAUAAUUCACUGCGUUUGGCCGUUAUGGUUCAGUUACCGAUGUUUGAUGGAAAAACACCGUUCUGGUACCACUAUAUGUGCUUCUUUGGACGUCAGCGGCCAAAAUCAGUAGGUGAUAUUUCUCAUUUUGAGUCCCUAAGAUGGGAGGAUCAGGAGAAGAUAAAAGCAAAAAUAGAUGGAGGAGCGGCAGCAGCAGCUGGAGAUGCUGGUGGAAAGGAUAAACCUAAGUCUAAGGGCAAAAAACGAGGUGCAGCUACAGAAAAUAAUGUUGCACUGAAGGAUUUCACUGUUGAGUGUGCGAAGUCAAGCAGAUCCACAUGCAGAGGCUGUGAAGAGAAGAUAAUGAAGGAUGAAGUAAGAAUUUCAAAGAAGGACUUUGAAAGUGAGAAUGCAAAAAUGUAUGGUGGUCAGGAGCGGUGGCACCAUGUCGAAUGCUUUGCAAAACUGCGUGAUGAACUGGAAUUUUGGGAAUCUGGGGAUUGUCUUCCUGGUAUCGAGAGCUUAAAGGAAAAAGAUCAGCAAUUGGUGAAAAACAAAUUGCCUAAAGUUGAAAAGUUGAAGACGACAAAGGAUUUCUGGACGAAAGCACGUUCCUUGUCACUGGUAAGGUCAACACCCACAACUGCAGGAUUUGGGGUAGUGAAAAUCCACGUGCCUUCCUGGAACAUGUUCGUGACAGUCCAAAAGUUAAUGUAUUUGCGCCCUCAGCAAAGACAAGACGGUGCACCCCCUCAUUACCUCGGAGAAGUGUGCGAUGACCUCAGCAACCGUUUCCCAGGUUGGUGGAUUGGUCGGGCCACCCCGAUAGCAAGGCCACCUCGUUCCCUGGAUCUAACACCUUUAGAUUUUUUCUUGUGGGGAUUUGUUAAAGAUCGAGUGAAAGAAAAAGCUGAUGCAGUUGAUGACGGACCGAGCCCAUCAAAGAAAAUGAAAGUCAGCAGUGACAAUUCUAAAAUAAAAGCACAGAAUGAACAGAUAUACAAAUACCGAGAUCAGCUGAAGAAGGACAUUAAGAAGAGGGAUUUGCAUUGGCUGCUAGGGUACAAUGACCAGGAUAUACCAGUUGGAAGGGAUAAGAUAUUGGAUCAUCUGGCUGACAUCAUGACAUUCGGUUCUCUUGAACGCUGUGAGGAGUGCAAAGGUGGGCAGUUUGUGUUCCGUUCAGGUGUGGGCUAUCAGUGCCUGGGAGAUCUGACUGAGUGGACCAAGUGUCAGAAUAAAACACUAGAACCAAAGAGAAAGCCCUUCAAAAUACCCCCUGAAUUCCCAUCAGACCAUGUUUUCUUGCAGAAGUACAAAUAUGUUGCAAGGAAGAGAAUUGUCCAGCUUCAUACACCAUCAGCUGCACCAACAAUUAGUGGAACAUCCAAUUCAAAACCUAAAGUAGAAAGGGCUGGACCUCCCCUGAAGAACAUGGAGUUUGUAAUAUUGGGAAAAACCACAAGACCAAGGGAUGAGCUGAAGAAGGAAAUUAAAAAGCUCGGUGGGAAAGUUGUAACAAACAUCCAUGACAAACUUGCAGCUGUUAUUUCAACCACAGGUGAAGUGGAGAAGAUGAACAAGAAAAUGGAAGAGGUUAAAUGCUGUGAAGUACAGGUGUUACCUGAAGACUUUGUAGACGAAGCAAAGGAUGGUGAUGUUAUGGAUUUGAUUUCCAAAAAGAAUAUAUCUUCAUGGGGCUCAGAUUUUGAACUGGGGUCAUUAGUGGCUUACAUUCUUGCUAUAGUGAUGCUGACUCACAGGAGUUCUACUGCCUGCAAGCACUUACACUUUCUCUUAUUGCAAUGCGUUGUUUGUUUAGGCAUGUUCACAAAGAGUAUGCCAUCUAAGGUGAAGCUGAAAUUGAAGCGAGGCAUUGCAGUUGACCCUGACUCAGGCCUGGAUGACGUUGCCCAUGUCUAUCGGAAGAAGGAUGUUAUCUACAAUGCAGUGCUUGGUAUAACAGAUAUCCAAAAUGGGAAGAAUUCCUAUUAUAAACUACAGGUGCUGGAAAGUGAUGCAGGAAACAGGUAUUGGUUAUUCCGGUCAUGGGGUCGCAUAGGCACCACAAUCGGAGGCAAGAAGUUGGAGGAAGUACAUACCUUGAAACAUGCAUUUCAAAUCUUUGAGAACAUUUACAAGGUAAAGACAGGAAACAUGUGGUUCGAUAGAAACAAUUUUCAGAAAGUUCCUGGAUGUUUCUACCCUGUCGACUUAGACUAUACUCAGGAAGAUGAUGAAACCUUACUGCAGGCAGGAAGUUCCAGUAUCACAUGUAAACUUUUGCCACCUAUACAAGAGUUGGUACAACUGGUAUUUGAUGUGAAUUUGAUGAAACAGGUUAUGCUGGAAUUUGAGUUGGACUUACAGAAGAUGCCUCUGGGGAAAUUAAGCAAGAAGCAGAUCCAGCAAGCAUAUAGUGUCUUGACAGACAUGCAAGAAUUAAUCAAGAAUGGUGGAUCUGAUAGCCGUUUCAUUGAUGCCUCAAACCGAUUUUACACUCUCAUCCCACAUGAUUUUGGUGUAGAAAAUCCACCAGUACUAAAGUCUGAGGAAAUGAUUAAGCAAAAGACAGAGAUGUUGGACAGCCUCAUGGAAGUAGAGAGUGCAUACAAGUUGCAGAAAGGUGAUGCUGAUGGUAAUGUGCACCCUCUGGGUGCUCAUUAUGCUAAGCUCAAUACCGACAUCUAGGUACUGGACAAAAACACUGAUGAGUUUGAGCUGCUGAAACAGUAUGUUAAGAACACUCACGCAACAACACACACUCAUUAUGACCUGGAGAUUUUGGAGGUGUUCAAGCUUAAGCGCAGUGGAGAAGAAAAAAGGUACAAACCUUUCAAAAAGUUACACAACCGGAAGCUGCUGUGGCAUGGAUCUCGUCUAACUAACUUUGCAGGCAUUUUGUCUCAGGGUUUGCGAAUUGCUCCACCAGAAGCACCAGUUACAGGUUAUAUGUUUGGUAAGGGGAUCUACUUUGCAGACAUGGUGUCCAAGUCUGCCAACUACUGCUGCACUUCUCCAAACAAUUCAGUUGGGUUGCUUCUCCUGUGUGAAGUUGCUUUAGGAAAUAUUUUCCAGGUGUUCAAGCUUAAGCGCAGUGGAGAAGAAAAAAGGUACAAACCUUUCAAAAAGUUACACAACCGGAAGCUGCUGUGGCAUGGAUCUCGUCUAACUAACUUUGCAGGCAUUUUGUCUCAGGGUUUGCGAAUUGCUCCACCAGAAGCACCAGUUACAGGUUAUAUGUUUGGUAAGGGGAUCUACUUUGCAGACAUGGUGUCCAAGUCUGCCAACUACUGCUGCACUUCUCCAAACAAUUCAGUUGGGUUGCUUCUCCUGUGUGAAGUUGCUUUAGGAAAUAUGUAUGAGCGUAAAGGAGCUGACUACAUAAAAAAAUUGCCAAAAGACAAACAUAGCACCAAAGGAUUGGGCAAGACUGAACCAGAUCCAAAAGGCCGUGUGUUACGAGAUGAUGGGGUGGAAGUCCCAGCUGGUAAAGGAAUUUCAGUCAGUCAUAAUGAUGUGUCACUGUUGUACAAUGAGUAUCCUUUCAUGUAAUUCUGUCUGGAAGUUUGUGCAAAGUAUGUUGUACUUAAGAGUUGGUGAUGUUAAUCCUUUCAUAAGUAUGAAUAUGCCAAUGUGUUCAGCGUCUGUGUGCUGCAUGGAGUAUGAACAUACCCAUGUGCCUCGUAGAGUGUGGACAUACAGCAAGCAAAUUUUUGCUAUGCUGAGGACUGUAAGUUUCUGAUGUCUUUUGGGUUCUGAUCGCACUAAGUGCUCUUUUUGCUUCUUUUGCUCUCUCUUGACCUUUUGACCAGAAGUUGCAUAAAUGAUGGGUUGUUAUUAUGGGAGGGAACAAACUCACUCUGAUUGUGUUCUUAGGCAAUUUAAAUAUCACUUGUUAGAGGAUCAGUGAAGAAGAUCUCUGUGUAUUCAGUGGAACAUUUUGACUGUAUGUAGUGUCUUGAAAUCAGUAACAAAGUGAAUCUACUCCAGAAUCCUGGAUACUCGCCUAGGACAGCAAGUACAGUCCACCGGCCAGGAGAAAAUCCCUGUGGGGGGAAGGCGGUUCUGGUGCAGUGCAGGGUGGGAUGUAUGACACGCCAGAGAGUUACACUAUUACACACAGACUGAAAACAGCAGUUAAGAGUAGCAUGUAGUGAUUGCACCUGUACUGUGUUGUAAUAAUAUUUUAGAUUCAAUCACAGGUGAUUUAAAGAUGUCGAGUGUACGUAAACAGGGGAAAACUGUUCGCUGGGAAGCGCGGGAAAUAAUAUCCAGCGUAGUGAAGCUAACAUUUCCUUUGACCCAUGCAACAGACAGAGCAGCCAGAUACACGCCUUACCUUCUUAAUUAAAGCAGUAGUGCUUUAAUUAAGAAGGUCAAAAGAUAGAGACGAGAAGGGCACACUGUUACCUUUACACACGCCAGGGAAAUACCGGCCUAGACCUACUGAUAGGAAUGUCACCAUCAACUCCUUUGACAUGUCAGUGAUAAGGCAGACUGUGCAAGAAUUUUAUGCAAUACAGAAGAAAGUACUAAGCUGCCCCAAGCUACUGCCCAUAAUUAAACAAAAAAUCGACUUUCCGUGGGUGUUGAUUCUCUACGGAAUAUUUUGCAUAACUUGGGGUUUACGUGGAAGAAAUGUCUCGGUAAGCGCAAGAUCUUGAUUGAAAGGCCAGACAUAGUAAACUGGCGAGGAAGAUACUUAGUGAAUAUUAAGACACUUCGCAGUGAAGGAAGACAAAUAUUCUACCUAGAUGAAAGCUGGGUAGACCGCAAUUCAACUUUCAAAAAGUGCUGGCAAAGUACGGAACUUACAGGAGAAUGCGCUGAUGGAAAUGCUGGAAAAAGACUGAUUAUGGUGCACGCUGGAUCGUGUGCUGGUUUCCUUCUAGGUGCGGGUCUGAUAUAUGAAGUUUGCUCAGCAAGUGGCAACUACUAUGGUCAGAUGAAUGGUACAAAUUUUGAAAAGUGGGUUAGAGAGAAAAUGUUACAGAAUUUGCCCCCCAGUUCAGUUCAGUUGUAGUAUUUCAUAACACUCCAUACCACAGUGUACAAGCAGAUAAAGCCCCAUCAAAAUAUUCAGUUAAUUCUGAAAUAAUCUUGUGGUUACUGCGGCACAGAGUUUUCUGUGAUCCAGCUAUGAGAAAAGGCCAACUGUAUGACCUAAUCUCACAAGGAAACCAAAAGAAAACAUUUUCAAAAUUGAUCAGUUGCUAAAUGCCCAUGGUCACACUGUAGUUAGGUUGCCUUAGCCCAAUAGAACUAGC